AUGACCGUCGCUGACAUGUUCACUACUGCCGUCAGCGACAUUCUGGAUGCCAAAAGCAGAAUCCAGAUCCUUGCAGCCACCUGUCGAGGCCUUGCUCAAUCAAAUUCACAGAAAUUACCUCUGGAUCAGAAGCCUCAGAACAAUGUACCCCAGUACUACCAUGACAAAGAGGGUAUCCUCAAGAUGAAGACACCAGACCCCAGCGGACACCUAUCGGACCAAGUCGUCUUCGCCAUCAUCCAAUGUGGAAUGGGAGGCAUGUGCCGCGGUCAGAUCUGGACAAAUGACUUCGACUCGAACGGACACAUCAAACGAGACCGAAUUCCCCGAGGGCCACCCGUCAUCUCCUGGGCAAAUGGCAUACCAUUCUUCACGGUAUACGGUGGAUACUACAUACUCGGCGGUGACUACCUCGCUUCACGAAGUUGGCUUCUCAGUCCUCUUUCAACCCCAAUCCACCCAGGUUGUCUCGCCGGACUAGUCAUUGCAUCCCCGAGGGCUAUUCCCGCCGACGCAAAGCUCUAUUCCGAACAGAUUCACGCCUUCCAGAUGGAAACCUGGAAGGAUAUCAAAUUGCAGCCCAAGACUGAUCUGGAACGCGUCCAAAAGAAUUUCACUACCUACACUAAAGACCACUCCCGCCUGUCCCUCAUCUUCUUUGAUGACGACUCCUUUGCCUUUGUUCCAAUCAUCGGGGUUGCCUCUUACCACCCCUUUCUUGACCCGGCCGGAACCAUGUUCAUGCCGUUGAUGCAGGUAUCCGUCGACGUGGGGAACAAGAAGAUGUAUCCAAGAUACUACUUGAACGAUAGGAACUCGGAGUUUAGUUCCCCUAUCCUGAGAUUUCAGCUUUUCUUCGACAAAGUCAAAACUUACUCCCGUCAGACAAAGGGACAACAGAAACAGCCACAGCCGCAGGAGCAGCCACAGGGGGAGGAAGAGGAACAGGAACAAGAAGAUCAACAACAGGAGCCGCAAUGGGAACAGCAACGAGCAACCCCGGCUGAAAACAUCCCAAACACAGUCAACCAAAUCGGCCAAGCCUUCACAACUAAAUACAAACUUGACGAAACCUGCCUCGCCUUCGACGCAUUAUCAGAUAUCUACAACGAGAUCAUCCAAGACCGAGAAACCCUCAAUACAUCGCCGGCGCAAAGCAUCAUCCAGCUAUACGAGGCCCAGCGGGACAAGCAUGCCAAAUACCGGGCUCUCCUCCAAUCCGUGCAGGAGGGAAUUGGGGACAAAGAUUGGGUAGUGAAGCUUCUAUUCCGGGAUAGAAUUGCCCGGGUAAGCUUUCAGGAUGAUGACCAGGUUCACAUAAAUGAUGGGAGUAGGGGAGAAGCUAUGGAGUUGGAUAUUGCGGGGAGUUCUGAUGUUACUCUCGACUUCACUUCAAGUCCUACGCGUGCCUCGAAUGAAGGCUUGUCUUUGAUUACACCAAUUUUGAUCGAUGGGGAGGAUGAUUGA